AUGGUAGGAUUUUGGAACUUGGCAAUUGCUGCCGUAUUUGGCCUCCUAUACUGCGUUGCCGUUAUCAUCUACCGCCUCUUCCUCAGCCCACUGUCAAAAUUCCCCGGUCCCAAACUUGCAGCAGCAACUCUCUGGUAUGAAUUCUACUACGAAGUUGUCAAAGAAGGACAAUUCAUGUUCAAAAUCCAGGAGUUGCAUAAGCAAUAUGGGCCCAUUGUCAGAAUCAGCCCCUUCGAACUUCACGUUGACGACCCAAAUGGCGAUUUUUACCACGUCGUGUUCUCUGGAACGGCAGUACGUGACAAGAACCCCUAUGAGAUUGCUCAGUUUGGAACCAAUGAUACCGGAUUCGGCACUGUUGACCAUUAUUUGCAUCGAAAGCGUCGACAAGCUCUCAACCCUUUCUUCUCCAUGGCCUCUAUCAAUCGUCUUGAGCCCAUCAUGAGGACGAUGAUUGAAAAGCUAUGUACACGGAUUGACGAGGCACAGAAAUUCAAGACGCCUCUGAACAUGCGCCUCGUUUAUCUAUGCUAUGCAACGGAUUUUAUAACUACCUAUGCGCUGAACAACUCUUGGAAUCAUCUGGAUAGCCCUGAUUUCUCGCCACUGUGGUGUCGGACAAUCAAGGAAACUGGCGCUAUGAGCAAGUGGACUAAACAAUUUCCGUUCCUGUACGGGUUCCUGACAAGUAUGCCUGACUGGCUUGUCGGAAAACUUAAUCCGGGAAUGAUUCUGGUUUUGGAUAUGCAGCGUAAAAUCAAGAGCAUGGUACAAGAUAUCAAUGAUGGCAAGGUCGGUGGAGAAGACGUCUCUCUCAACGGAGGUCCACGUACCGUCUUCCAAACACUCCUCAACAGCGACUUACCAGCUAGUGAGAAGAGCGUCCACCACUUGUGGCAGGAAGGGCAGAACGUCAUAGGCGCUGGUGCCGACGCAACAGCCUACGUACUUUCGAUUACCACUUUCCACCUACUAAACAAUCUAGACAAACUUGAGAAACUGCAAGCAGAACUUCGAUCUGUAGCUGCUUUUCUGCCAAACGGCCAAGGUUGGAAUCUGACAGCAGUACGACAGCUUCCAUACCUGACGAAUGUUGUUCUCGAAGGCUUAAGGUUGUCCUAUGGAACAUCCAGUCGCCUUACUCGGAUUGCUCCGAAUGAAAAUUUGAAGUUCCAAGACUGGGUCGUUCCUGCUGGCACACCAAUCUCAAUGACGGCGUACAUUAUGCAUCACAACGAGAAAAUAUUCCCCCAUUCCCAUAGCUUCGUCCCUGAGCGGUGGUCUGAGCGAGACGGUGGGACGCCAGGGCUCGAACGCUACAUGGUUUCUUUUUCCAAGGGCUCACGACAAUGCAUUGGUAUGAAUCUCGCUAAAGCUGAAAUCUCCUUAACACUGGCCACGCUAUUCCACCGAUAUCAGGACAUGGAACUAUUCGAUACGAAUUUCGAGCGCGAUGUCAAACUGACACAUGACAUGUUCUUGCCCCAGCCAAGCAAGGAGAGCAGGGGAAUACGAGUCGUUUUCAAGUGA